AUGACCCCAGAAGAAGUUCAGGAAUGGAUGCUCACGAACGAAGACUUCGACUGGGAACAGGGCGAGCCAGAGGCUGUUGUGAAGAUUGCUGGCAAAGGUGUACAAGAUGCAGACGGAAACCUGUACUUCGCAGGCUCCAAGACCCUCGAUAACGCCAACGUAGACCUACUCAACAUUUUUGUUGCACGUAUCAACGCCGACGGAACUCUCGGCUGGACCAAAGAGGCAAAUGCUCAAAUUCUAAUUUGGGGAACGGAUCAAGCGGACGCAGCGACAUCAAUCGCCAUAAUAAACGAGACAGAUUUUACAACCGGCACAAUGAUAGAGUAUCUCUAUGUUCCAGGAUACACGUGGGGCUACCUCGAUGAAGGAGGCCAUGCUCUCAACGGGUUCGGUCAAUAUGGCGGUCGAGAUGUCGUGCUGGCCAAGAUAUCGCUAAGCGGAGAAAAAAUAUGGAUGCGUCAGUUUGGUACAACCGCCAAUGAUUUUACGUAUGGAGUGGGGCUUGAUGGUAGCUUCAAUACGCUGCUACUAUCGGGUGGAUGCAUCACCAACCAAGUGGACGAGACAGUGGAAGUCGAUGUUACAGAGAUCCUAGAGACCAGGAUAAAUGCCGGAAUAAUAUCCGAUUACGAACCUCAGAUCAUGGACCCAAAAACCAGAACCAGUACUCACAACCGAGAGUACGACUUCGCUGUGAAUCUGAAUUUUGAUGGAGAUAUUCUAGACUAUGCUAUGGAUGGAGGGGUGGCAAUCACACCGCGAAGAAGGAGAAUCAGGGAAGGGGGGCUGGUAGCAGAAUACGUCGUGGUAUUGAAUCGUCAACCACUGGCGAAUGUUACAGUAGAAGCCCGUGACGUACGUUUACUGGAUCCAAGUGGGAAACCAGUUCAACAACUCCAUUUUUUGACGUCACAGCGUAUAGUAUUCACGCCUAGAAACUGGAAUCGUGAACAGCUGGUACGGCUAAAAGCUGUGGACGACAGCUUAGCUGAAGGUCGACACUACGCCGUUGUGACGCACUCUGUGAGCAGCAUAGACCGGAAUUUUGAUGGCGAAGACACCCCGUUCCUCACCGGACGUAACGUGACUAUCCAGAUUGACGAUAAUGAUCUCGCAGGGAUAUCUCUGUCAAGACAGCACAUGUUUGUAGCUGAAGGUGGUGGGAACGAAAGUUAUGAUGUGGUACUAACGUCGAAGCCGUGGCAUCCCGUUAAGAUUUUUAUUAAACAGCUACAUGUUAACCAAACGGCUGUAACACCUGAAGCAUCGAGUACAGUUAACAAAGAUGGGACCGCAGUUCUCGUGUUCCAACCGGAAGACUGGAAUAAAUCUCAGCGUGUAGUGGUAAGUGCUGUGGACGAUGUCGACUCUGAAGUGGAAUAUGGAGGCCUAUACAACGGAGGUUUGUUACUUCACUACUCCGAGAGUAAAGACAUUCGAUACAAUACUCGUCGUCCGCAAUGUUUCAAUGUUCCGAAUUGUGAUCCACUGGAUUCGGCGAAAUGUUUACUAAGGAAGGAGGAGCUACAAACUGGACAAGCUUCUGUACGGGUGUGCGAUAUCACGAGCGAAUGUGCUUUUGCUCAAGGCAAUGGGGCGUGUAUCGCAAAUGUUGUGGAUGGCAACGGGAAAAUCCCAGCUCGAUUUGGAAAUCCUCCGCUAAACCCUAAAAGAUCAGCUGAAGUUUCGACAUUUAUGAGUUAUGCGGCGAUUAUCGAUAUUUUUACAGAGGAAAAACGUGACUCAAAUCUUACGACUCUAUCAGACCAGAACUCAACAUUGGAGUUCGUGCCCCCACCUCCGGAACUUCGUGGGUUUGUGUUGAGUUUUCUGGGGUUGAUGAACGUUGAACAAGCCAGAGAAAUGAGUGCAUAUCCUAGAAAUGUUCAACACACUAUCUGUGCUGGUUUGAUACGAUUAGAAACUAUGCGUUGGUCGUUCGAAGAGUGGUCUGAAGGGUACGUGGAUCGUGUUCUUGCUGCCGUCUUUGCGAUGUUCCCUCAAAGUUACUCUCUUGAACGGCAUUCAUGGAAUUGUGGUAUGGCGAGGUUUCUUCCUAGUAACAGCAUCGACGUGAGUAUUUGGGAUAACGAUCCUGGUGUUACACUGUCCACCAUUGCACUGGAAGUCACUGAAGGAGAUACGAUUGGUGCCGCAUACGAUGUCGUUUUGAACGCUCCACCAUCCAUUGGAGGCCAUGCAAAGGUGAUUAACUCUAACGAUAAAACGCAGAUAUCGUCGGUGUAUUGUACGAAUAAACAAUCGGAUAAUUGUGGGUUCUGGGGGGAUAAAUUCUCGAAUUUGGCUGCUAAAAUUUACAAUCAAAGUACGUGGAAUACCAAUAUUGGAGUUGAUGCUCCUAACGUUAGUAUUGCGAUUAUGGGGAACUCUCAGGUGACGAUUUCUCCUUCGCUUUUAACCUUUACAGCCACAAAUUGGUAUGUCCCUCAGCGUGUUACAGUGCGAGCAGUGGACGAUUCAGUGGCGGAAUUGAAUGUGAGUUAUACCAUUUCACAUCGUGUGCAGAAUUCAGCAUACGGAUACACGAAUAGAACCGCAUUUUGGUUCAAGGACACAAACGAACCAGCUACUGAGAGCUAUCCUAGUUGGGAUAGUAUGAGUGGCUUAAUACCUUACAACCCAAUACCGACUGUUCUCCACUCACCGAAUCGCGUGCUUGUUAACGUUUUCGUACGGGAUAAUGACGUCGCGAACAUUGAUGUGGUGGUUAACCAGCCUAAAGCGAAACUGGUAACAAAAGAGGCUAGUGAUACAAUUAAUUGGGUGGGAGAUUAUGUCACAGCGCUAGCAUUUCACGACGUAUCGGUAUCAACGACAGCAACAAUCGCGUCAUUGAGAAAUAUUAUCGAGUUUGCAUCUGACGUGAAGACGUUUAUGAAGUUUCAUCUACCGCGUUUACAUAACGGAGACACGUCACUUCGUUACUCUAACGCAACACUAAUACUUCAUCAAACACCCUAUAAGAUCUUUAACGUAUCAGAGCUGGAUAACAACACAUCGAGCUCGUCAUCAGAUGCUGCGAGUUUCACGAAGGAAUAUUUACUAAAAGUGACGGCAGUGGAUAGCGCAUGGACCACAGAGAGUAUUCGUACUAGAACGACAACACCCCAACCUCUUUCGUUCCUAACGAAUGGAGCAUCGAUAGAGAUUUCAGCCAAGGUGGAGAAAAGUCGCUCUAUUGAGGUGGAUAUCUCUCCGCUUCUAAAGCAAAUUCAACCCACCCGACUCUCCGUGAUUUCUCUGCAGAUUGAAGUGCUAUCGGAAGGUGGGAACACUGACUUAAUCGCUACGACACAACUAUGUUCGUCAGUAUUCGAGAGGAAGUUACGUCCUUUGUUAUACCUAUCGUUCCAAUUUCCGAAUCUAAUAAGUGGUUUAACGGCAACACAGAGCUCCACUGCGGUAUCUGCACUAACCAACCAGCCUCUAGAAGCUUCACUAGCCACCAGCGGAGCCAAGUAUGACGAUUCAAUUGGUAGCACCGUUCCUGUUUCUACCACUACAAACGAGAGCGAUCCGUGGUGGGAAGUAACAUUCCCUCAAUUAACGAAGUUAGGAACAUUGGCGAUUUUCCUACCAGCUUCUGUUAUCGAAGCUAAUUCGGAUGGAUUCAACCUCGCGGUUAUUGCCUCAUUUAAGGCAUUUAACUCGAAAGCUCUAACUCUAAAUGACGCUCUAAAUUACGGUUGCCCAAGUACUUGUCCUCACGUAGAACGAUUACCGGUUCGGAAGGGGAUUCUGCUCUGGGAGGUUCAGGCUGGUGCAGUUGCAAUCAGAGUCUACCGCGAAGGAACUGGAAUAUUGCAAUUAUCGCAAGUCCAAGCGUUUGAAUCGUUCAUAUCGGUCACAUUAACAGCAGAUGGAACAGGGAUUCGGUCUCGACUGAAGUUUGAUUGGAGUCCGAGUCCCGCAUUGUUACAAUCGUGGCACAUUUUACAGACUGUAAGAAGAUCGGAGAACGAAAAUCUGGCAGUGAGGAUGGCUACAAGACAGAGUAGCACGAAUCCGAGGCAUGCGUUGUCCUACUUGGCUGUCGACGGGUUAAGGUAUACCAGUUGGGAUCCUCUGAUUAUCCAGAGUGCAGAUGAAAAUACUAUGGCGGCUGGCAGUACGAGAAGUGAUGGGAUGGAUCCAUGGUGGGAAGUAGAUCUGGGGAGUAUUAAACCUAUUAGAUCGAUAGUACUCUAUCCUUAUGUGGGGAGUCUUUACGAUGAACUCUGUGCUCCAGUAUCAACUGAAAGUAACGGGUAUCCGCAGUGGAGUGGCGAUCUCUAUGAUUACAGUCAUACAGAUUUGUUACUACAAUUAAAAGCUCCGUUUAUUCAGCAAUUCGAUGUGCUUUUAUCCGAUCAACCUUUGACAAAAAGUGAUGGUACGGCGUCUGGAGCCUCUGUUACAGCUAGUAAGACACUGUCCUUCUCGUGUAUCAAUUACACCAACUCAAUUAUGUGGGAAAAUGUGUUCUCAACUGCUCGAUUUGUGACUGUACGAAAGCGUGGACUCGGUGUUUUAAUGCUAAAUGAGGUGGAAGUUGUACGCUGGAAUCCUGCGACGAUGUCUCGUUAUUUACUACUGGACUUGUUCGGGACAGGAGAGAAGCAACUAGCCGUUGCUAGCGUACAGAUUUUCCCACCAAGCGAUGUAGCUCCUACAGAUUCAGAGACUCUCACAGUCCCGACUUCACUGACUUACAAAAUCCACAGUAUGAGCUCUCAACUCGCAGCUACGGGAGCUGGAUCAGCUACUGCACUACUGGAUGUUAAGGAUAAUACUGCGUGUUAUGUGGCUAGUACAGCGUCAUACCAUGAGUGGAUCGUUCUGGAGUUUGACAGACCCGUGGAGAUUGGUCUUGUGGACGUUAAUACGGAUAUUACACUGUGUUCUAGUGCUAAUGUGGAGGCUGCGACAGAAUUCUCCGUCGCAUCUCACGGCUCCGUACUGGAUAAGAUCCGCAGUGAAGACGCUUCUCAAGCUUUGGAUAAUGAGGGUUCCUCUACUACUUGUGAGUUAAAUGCAGCAGGUAUCGUGAUUUCUCCAUCCCCACAGUGUACAAGUUACGUUUGUGCGGAUAUGGAAUGUCAAUCACCUCUGCGUGCUAGAAGUUCAGGUGGGAGCAGUUUAAUUCUUAGUGAUUUCGUCGAUCUCGUGGUACUUGGAAAAUCCGAGUUGUUACCAGUGGAUCGGGUCCCGUUGUCAGUGAACGAGAACCGCGCUUUACUGUUACGUGACAAUCCCGUAGUUAUCUGGCCAUUCGAUGACGCUCCUAAAGUUCUUGUUAGGAAUGAUGAAGGCGAGUUAUCAUGGGGAGGGAAAAGUCGAGCUACAGGCGCGAUUGAGUUAGAAACGUCGUCGUCAUCAGUGGAUUUAACGAUCGACGAUGACAUGGAAGGCACGUUCUUCUCAACUGCAGUCGCGGUACAGCCGGCCAUGAGCUCAUUUUCUCUAGAAUUCUGGUUUCAUGUUACAGAUAGUACCCCUGUUAGCGUUGUUACCAUGUACGGUAAGGACGCAGAUGCUGAUCAAGUGAACAUUGGGAGCGUUGGACUGAGUCCUAAAUCCGGUAGAUUCUACUUUGAAAUGACCAAUCCAGACGAUAAAAUGGUGUGCAGAGCCGAUCUCGAUGAGGCUUCGUUUAUACUGCCCAUUGCCGAGACCUGGCACCAAGUUGUAGCCAUGUACGAUCCAAGUUCAUCCAGUAUUUCUUUCUCCAUUUGCGUCUCUGGUGGGCUACAAAGGGCCAAUUGUUACACGAAUACGACAAUGUGUAGCAUGGCUCUACUGAGUUUUAAACAAAAGAGUAUUCGCCUCGGAGCUGGGGAUUCUAACAGUGGAUUUGUGGGAAUGAUUGCGAGUGCGUCUUGGUUCGUUCGAGCCCUGACGACUGCCGAAAUUAUGGAUCACUAUCACGACUUUCUCGAUGGUGUAUCGACUGAAGCCACUGCAGCUCACAACACUUAUUCGAUCCAGUUAUCAGCUAAACCUUUGCAACCGGUAACGGUUAAGCUCAAUGCCGAGAGUGCUUGCUACCGGUUUAACCUAUGUAACAUAUCUGUUAACCCAUCGAUGUUGAAAUUCUCGACGGAGAACUGGAAUUUACCUCAACUUGUACACGUUCUCGCUACGGAUGACCAGCUGUUCGAAGGUUUACACUACUCAGAAAUUUUCCAUGUAUCAUCGAGUCCACCACUUUAUCAACUCACUUCGAAAGCUAAUACGUUUAGUGUGAACGGAAUUACGGGCGGAGAACAGCUGUCACAGAAUCUUACGGAGUCUGUUACGGCGUUUUAUCGUGAUUUCGUUUUUUACGGGGUCUUCGAUAAUGUUAGUGAACAAUUGUUACGUCAAGACGCUUUAGUGGAUUUACACCGUAACUGGGCCAAUCAAACUGUAAACGACGUCGUUGUGGCUGCCAACGCGUACGCUAAGAACGACUCAAUCUCGUCCCUAACCGUAACGAUUACAGAUUUAACGGUACCGGGUAUUGAGUUGUCCACUGCAUCACUUAGUGUAUCGGAGGAUGGUAAAGGUAACGACUAUCAAGUGGUGCUGCUUUCAGAGCCUACAGAAGAAGUUAGGGUGGCUCUUCAUAUUGCCUCAGGAUGUUACCGUCGAUGUGUUGGAAAGCCUUUGUGUCCUUCUCACUCAAUUGAACUGGCAGAUGGGAAAUAUGCAGUAACAGGAGACGAUUCAUUCUUAACUUGUGGUGAUGAUACCGAGAGCAUGAGUACAAGUACACUACUGUGUAACAUUACAUUAUCUCCGGAUGUUUUGAUCUUCUCUACGAGUGAUUGGAGCUUACCAAAGACUGUGCGAGUCCUUGCAGUUGACGAUCAUCUGGACGAACAAGACGUGCAUGUAACAAUAAUCCGGUCGACAUCUGAAAGUCUAGAUCCAAUUUACAACGCUCUGGUGCUACCAGAUAUCGUCGUGGCCAUUGCUGACAACGAUAAGACGGAGAUAUCCUACUCCACCAAACUGGUUUCGUUAUCUGAGAAAAAUCUAACAAUCUCCACGCUCAAAUAUCCACAUGCAGACUACUACACGCUUCAACUACUUACAGAACCGUAUGCGAAUGUUACAAUAGCAAUGAGCAAUGAAGCCAAUAAGUCCUGCUAUCGACGAUGUGGAUACCCAUUCGACGAGGCUUCAUGUGGCUUACCACGUCAACAGAGUGUCAGUCUUGUACAAUUGCGCACGAAUUCAACCCGCGAAAUCCAUCAAAUCUCCUUAAAAAUAGCCAAAAUCACUGAAGUGCAGCGAAUUGUGACCUAUGCGAACCACGUGGAUCAGAUUUUCCAACUUUCGGUGUCCGGUGGAUUCGGUUUGGAGAUUCAAGCGAUCGUUUUUGUAUUCAACGACGCAUUUAAAACCCGGUUUGCGUCUGUAGAUGCUAUAACAACAGCGACAAGUUAUGGUACUACGUUUACUAUCUCGAAUGGAAAUACUACCACGGCAGCUCUUGAUUUGUUUUCAACUGCUCUACAAGUGCAAACAGCAAUUAACGGAUUAUUUAGCGGAACAAACGCUGUAAGUGUGACGCGGGACGUGCAGUACAUAGCGUCGAAUAUAACGUGGAGUGUCACGUUCCUUCGGUUUGUAAAUUCGGAUGGGACUUUCCCACUGUUAUCUGUGGUAGUAAAUGGGGCAAUUCAAGGCGGAGUUACGUCUCAACGUGUAAGAGCGACUAGUUCUCCUAACGGUACUUUAAAACUGAGUUACGGUGCCGCUGUAUUUCAAGUCCCGAUCCUACCAACAGCUUCUGUUCUUCAAAAUACCCUAAGCUCACAAUCUGGAAUUUAUUCCGUUUCAGUUUCUAGAAGACUAUCAAGUAUUGGAGGCUACGGGUUCGAGUAUAUUGUGACUUUUAUCAGUGUGGAAACCUUCUCUAACUUGGUCGUUAGUUCUACUGCCAACGCUGCGGCUUCCGUAAAUGCUAUGAUCCAAUUGGCGAUUUCAGUUAAUUUAACCCAGUCACCAGUACUAAUCACUGGGUCUUUUGUGAUUGAGUAUUUCACCUCGCUUAACUUAACUACUACAAAACCCAACCGUACGGCUCCGAUUUUCUGGAAUGACUCAGCGGAAACCUUUGCAUCCAAGCUCACGCAACUUCAGGGUAUUGCAAAUGUUACAGUAUCUCGUCAGAAAUUAUCUGCAGAAGGAGGAAUGGCGUGGACUGUCCAGUUUCUUGAAAAUUACGGUAAUUUACCCAGUAUGAUUGUAACUUCGCUGAACCUAACUGGAAAGGGAGUCACCGUUGGCGUGAAUACUAUUCGUGAUGGAGAAUCUUUACGAGGGAAUUUUUCUGUUCAAAUGGGAGGUUGGUUCAAGAAGACCGCCCCACGAACAAACCGGGCCUAUAUGAUGAAUAUCCCGCUCAAAAAUACCACAUUACUACCGUAUAAUUCAUCCGCGUGGAGAUUUAAAAAAGCGCUUUUUGCACUCGAUAUCACGGAAUUAACAAAUGUUACACGUACCGGUAUCGAGUGCGAUAUCUUCAACGUCUGUAACGGAUACACGUGGACCAUCACCUACCUAAAUAGUCCUGGAAAUGUUCCUCCGAUUGCAGUUUUCCCGGACGAAAUAAUGCGUCAAGCGCCUGGUGUGACUCUAGCUUCCACUACAAUUGCCAAUGGUACAUAUUUGGGUGGAACCUUCACGUUGCGCCUGGAAUUAUUUGACCCAGACACCAAUCGAACGUAUAUUGGUACCACAUGGAGAUUACCUGUUAACGUAAGUGCUAUCGGCAUGGAUGAAGCAUUGGAGGCUCUGUACUUUGUACGUUCGAACCGUGAGGCAGAAUACGACCCCGAGACAAAAAUAUGGCGAGGAAUUAAGUUCGAUAAAGGUGUACGUGUGUAUCGAGAAGGUCCUUAUCUUGAUGGAGGCCACACGUGGAGAUUAGAGUGGGCUUUAGAGGACUAUUUACGCUUUGCAGACUUGAAAAUUACGACUGAUGUGUCUCUCGUGACGCAGGAGAUUGAGCCAUUACCCGUUCCUUCAGAGCUCGAUCUUCAGGGAAAACCUCGAUGUUCAGCGAUCCCCAGAGCGCAAUUCCAGUCUGAUACUACUGACCCAUUGGGUCUUCGUGGUUUUUGCGUGUAUGCUAUCGCAAAUGAGACAGCACAGGAGCGAUUCCUCUGUAACUAUACAGUGUUAAACCCAUGGAUCGUGUUCACUCCAGAGAACUGGUGUAUUCCACAGCAAGUCAAACUGGAAGCAAUGGACGAUUAUCUCGAUGAAUCUACCACGGAAAACGGUACUGUAACAUUCUCGAAAGUGGCGCAUACGGUCUUUAGUGACGACUACAUUUACUUAACUCUACCAUUAUCUGAUAUAACGGUUAAAGUCGAGAGUGAUGACGUUGCAAAGGUGCUUGUAUCCGAAUCUGCACUUAAAGUGAGCGAGGACGGGCUUCAAACAGCUCAAUACUAUUUGCAGCUCAACACGGAGCCUCUGACUGAUGUGAAGGUUGUCGUUCUACCCUGGCUUGACGCUACCAACACACAGUGUUACAGAUUCGGACUGUGUAACAUUACUCUUCCAGUAAGCGAGUUCGUAUUCACCCCUCGCAACUGGAAUAUCCAGCAAAAAGUGGCAGUGCUUGCUACUGAUGACAAUUUGGACGAAUACGACACACAUAUGACUGGUAUUUCCCACAUUUCGUACAGUGAUGACCCAAAGUAUAACGAGAUUUCAACAAUUCCUAAGAUCGACGUGACGGUAGUCGACAACGACGUGUCAGGGUUUACUGUGAACAAGACCAGUGUAUUUGUUACGGAAGGGCUUCUUGGAGCUGUAGAUACCUACACAGUCGUGUUAACUUCCGAGCCAUUCGCAAAAGUUACGGUUUCUGUUGUAAAUGUUGGAACUGUGGGGAAUUUCGCUGUCCCUAGCCCUACAAAACUCGUUUUUACUUGGCGAAACUGGAAUAUUCCGCAGACUGUGAAUGUCUCGGCGUUCGACGAUCGUACGCAGGAUGUUGUUGGGUCUUCCAGUUUACUUAACCACUCGUUAACAACAAACGACAUUAUUUACGCUGGACUGAAGAACCUGGCGUCAGUUAAGGUGUUCAUAACUGAUAAUGAUAAAUCGGGGAUCGAGUUAUCAACAAGAGAACUGCGCGGCGCAGAGAGUAACAAUAGUGUGCUCAAUUACAGCAUCCGACUCACUUCAGAGCCCUGGGCACCUGUUGUUGUUCAACCAAAUGCCAGUCAUGACUGUUAUUUACGUGUUCAAAGCUCCGAACGUGUUUGUAACGCCAGUCUGUUAACAACCGCGUUAACCUUUGGAGCGAAUAACUGGAGCGUGUCGCAAAAUGUUUCUCUCAUUGCGGUAGACGACUGGCUUGACGAGGCAAUUAUCCACACUGCUCGAAUUUCACACUUGUCAUUAAGUUCCGACCCUCUGUACAGUGUUAGUUACACAACAAGCGACGAUGUCAAGCUGUUCAUAACCGACAAUGAUGUUUCUUUCGUGAAUAUCACGAUUCAAAGCGCAACUAACCAACUUCACGUUGCAGAAGGAAGUUUUAACGACUCGUACAGUAUUUUCCUCAACUCGGAGCCGUAUGAAUACGUGACUGUAACAUUACGUCCUGCAGUUGAGAAGAUCGUUAGUCUGGACUCCAAGAGUGCUUUAACUCAGCCUCAAGUUGGAAUUUCGUUCGGUUCUUCUUCUUCAUCUGGUAUGACUUUGCUGGGCACUGAGAGUAUUCGUAGUAUUCCGUUAGUUUUUACUCCUUUGGACUGGUCACGACCGAGAAUUGUGACAGUAUUUGCUAUCGACGACACAAUCUCUGAAGCUGCUACUCAGUACUCGACAGUUCUUCACUCAGUUUUAAGUGCAGAUGCCGGAUAUAACAUCUCGAAUAGCUCUAUUGGUAUCGUCAGUGUAUCGGUUAUGAUUAACGACAGGGAAGCGAUACCUCCGCCUCUACCGUUAACUGCUAUGUUCGACAGUUCUGGCUCAAAGAUCAACGUCGCGUUCGACUCGACAGUGUAUCAUGCUGCUUCAAUGGACGUUAGCUCCUCUGGAUCAUACGUGAUUCGACUCAAGACUUUUGCUUGCAGUCUCGUAUUUAACUUCGCUGCUGUUAAGUACACUCUCGGCUCGCAGGCGCGAUGUUUAUGGGUCGACAUGAAGAACUUACGUAUCGAAUUGAGUGCUGGUGCGACCAUAGCUGCCAAUGAUAAGUUGGUUCUUAACGACUGCAGUUCGUUUGCGGAUCAAUAUUGUAACGCCACGGAUGUUCUUCGAGCAGGAGCGUCAAGUCGAGCGUUCUCUCAAGCGAGUGUUAUUCUUCAGGUUUCGACUAAUAUCGUUCAACCCAGUCCAGUACUCCUAGUACCUGAGAACGCUGGUAGUUGUGGCACGUGGUCUAUUGAUGCCUCUCUUUCGAGUGGAGCUGGUGGUCGGUCAUUCAUUCAGUUGAUUUGGUUCGCUCUUCCAGUGUCAAUGUACUCAUAUUCGGUUGAUAAAUCUAGCGCCGAAGCGGGUUUAGCACUGUACCGGAGACUAGAUUUGGGUCUAAAUCUACUCUGUCAGAAGUACAGAACUGACUGGACUACCGGCGUGUCGAGUAUCUCGGUGGUUCCUGCUUCAGAUAUCGCACUAGCUAGGGCCGCUAACAGCAACGCUACGUCGGAUUUCUCGAUGCUUUCCAACAUGACGCAGCUUCGAUCAGCGUGUUACCUUCGAUCUAUCACGCAAAACGCCACUGCAUCAAGCGCGUUAAUUGUUCAAGUGAACGCAUCUCUAUUAGAACCAGGUGCAAUGUAUCGCGUUGGUUUGAAACUUAUGAACGCCUUCGGUCAGUCUACAACCGUCUCUAAAUCUGUCAACCUCCAGAGUUUACCAGGUCCAGCCGUGUUUAUCGUGGGCGAAUCUACCCAAACUGUAACGAGAGUUGGUGCUCCUGUGGUGUUGCAAGUCGAUUCUACCGUUAGCUGCCCUACAUUAUCGAGUUCGGAUGUCGUUUAUCGGUGGACAGUAACCAGUAAAAGAAGCGAUGGUGCAGUAACCACAGAAGACUUCAGUAAGGACAACUCCGCUCGAGACCCACGUGUCUUCCGUUUACCACGCACUUCUCUACAAGCUGGUCUAACUUACACGUUCCGAGCCGAGGCGUAUAUUAAGGGAGCGUCAGCUACUCGAGCGUCAAGCAGCUUCGCGUCUAUCGCGGUCACUGUCUCCAGUAGCUUACCUCAAGUCGUCAUCAAAGGUGGUGACUGUGCUCUUGGAGAGCGAGACACUUUAGUGCUCGACGGCUCGACUACCACUGAUCCAGAUUCUUCCAGCACUCCGUUCACGUAUAACUGGACUUGUCAAGAUGUGACGAAUUCCUCCUCUGUAGGCUCCUGUAUGAACGCGUCGACUACACCUUCGGUUCCUUUGGUUUUAGCCUCGACCAAGUCUGUGUUGCGAAUCGCACCGCUAAAUCUCGUAUCAAACCGCCAGCUCAAGUUUUCGUUAACUGCGUCCAAAGGUACUCGAAGCGCAACAGCGUAUAGUACAAUUUGGACUGUACCAGGUCGACUACCUCUCGUCCUUGUUACUGCUUCAGCCACGAAGAUAAAUCCUUCGAGUCGAGUGACACUUACCGGUUCAGUGAACUCGGACUAUCCGUACAUCACGAGAUGGACUCAAACACUCGGAGACCUCGAACUUCCUACUACAGAUGUAAGCAACAUGUUCACGCUGCCGCUAACAAGCACCAAUAACGCUAUUCGGAGCUUCAAAUUAGUUGCAGGACUCACGUACAAUUUUCGUCUUGUAGCGACGGAUACAGUAGGAAGUGUGGGCUUUGGAUCCAUCUCGGUGGUCGUCAACUCACCGCCUGCUUCUGGUACUUUCGUUGUAAGUCCUCAAUCCGGUUACGCUAUGGAGGAUACGUUUACAUUCACGUGUUCAUUAUGGAGUGACGACGCGGAGGACUACCCCCUCACAUACUCAUUUGGUGUACUCUCCACGGCGGAUUUUGAGGUGAUUCAGGAGAAUUCGACAGAUUCUAACAACUUGGUGGCUCAAUUACGAAAAUCCAUGACGCCUUUAGUGGUGAACCAACUCACACCUUUAGCAACAGCACAAAUGUUCCCUCCUGCGGACAUGGCGGACAGUGAGAGUGUGACGGUCUUGGCGUUCAUUAGCGAUCGUCUCGGUGCUGUUGCACUCGCUUACGAUACUAUUGAGGUGUUGUUACCUGAAGCAGCAAAGUCGUCGCCUGUAGUGUAUGUUUCCGACAUGUUUGACGCUAACGGAACCUUAAAAUCCAGUGUUAGUGCAUCGGAGGAUGUACGUCAAGUCUUAGCUGGUGCUUUAAUGAUGGAGAAGGCUUUUGGUUCGUCAACUUCUCGUCGUCUUGCCAGUUGUCCCGAGGGAUUCAUGGGGGGCGAUUGUGGUACGCAGAUUGCUGUCGUGCAGAGAGUAAAUGCUGCUAUCUUAGCGACGGUGGCAAAUGCAGUGAGUUCUGUAGAGGCCAGUAAUUCGGGUCUUAGUCAACAAGCUCGAGUGCUUGGAUCUGUUCUGCGAGGAGCACCACAAGUGUUGACAGCAGCGGAUAUUGGGCUUGUAACUAAGCUCUGCAGUGGCAUUGCAGGCAGUGCUCUAACGCUAGAUGUUCCAGAUGAGUUUCUAGAUUCGGCAAGUGAUACAUUGCUAGACGUGAUUUCAAUGCUCCUAGAACUUGAGAGUUCUACCACUGAGUUGAACUCCCGUCGACUUGUUGAGUCGAACUCGGGCAAUUCUACGUGUGCUGACACUACCAAUGUCAUUAACUGGGAUAAUAUGGUGCGCACGUUUCAAUCUCUCGCAGCUUUAAGUAGCAACGAGUUGCUGGCUGACGAACCUCCUGCUGUGCUUGAGGUUAGCGACGUACGCACAUAUUCGGCUAAAGGCUCGAGCUUCAGUGACCAAGUGUCGAUGGCUCUCACCUCCACGGCAGUGGCAUGUCUGAACUCGGAUCUGUACUUGAAUGCGGUGUCACUCACAAAGAGUCCACAUUCCGUCUGCAGUCUCAACGACUCGGAGCCCAUUUCUAGACUAACGCUGUUCUCCGUACACUCAGAGGCUGCAGUGGAUAAGGCUGCUAAGGUGGCGACGUACGCGUCCGAUACUGGAGUUGAAACGCAGAGCUUAUCCAGUACAAGCGUUUGUGUUAAAGCCGCUUCCGAGUCAACGCGUCGUCUAGAAUCCGAUGCUACCGAGGCGGAGCAAUGGAUGCCACUGGUAGCUCUUACAAUACCUCACGAACGUGAACUAUCCGCUAUUGAACAACGCAAUUUCUCCACAUCUUGUCGUACUUGGAGCGAUGAGACGUCGAGUUGGUCUAUGGGCGUGUGUUUCAAGGAUGACAGCGCCAGUACCAGCGAGUUUACAGUGUGUUACUGCACUGAUAUCGAGUCGUCUCUCGAAGUUUUGGUGACGUUAGAGGAACGCUUGGACUUUUACGCUUUACAUCCAGAUCUGUACCGCAACGACGAGCCUUCUCUUGUCGUGAGCGUCACUCUGGCUGUGCUUGUUGGGGUCUUUGUGAUGGUAGCAAAAGUUGGUCAACGACUCGAUAUUCGAGAUGUUAAACGGGAGAAGCAAACGACAAUCAAGAGACUGAAUCGCUCCAAGUGGAGUGAACUGGAAGCGCGGAUGCAGGUUAAUAAUGUGUUCGAGGACUUUGACGCUUACUACGCCACCCAGAAGCAGAAAAUAUUGGACGCUCGUCCUUCCGAGGACUCAAUAGCAGCGACGGAUGUCGGGGAGUCUUCAGCGUUGUUCGCGUCCACGGUGCGUGGAGUUCACGUGAAUGGUAUAGCAACGGAGCCUCCCAAUGAACCACUAGAUAUAAAUGUUCAGCUACCGAAUGAAGCACGUACACUGUUCGGGUCGUCCGACCUCGUGGAUAGACAGUAUCGACGCGUAACGUUUCUCUUCCGAGUGAGCAAUGUACUGCUAGGUAUCAUGGGAAUUGUGCUGUUUAUUGCUGGAAUCGAAGUGCAGUUUGUGCUGGGACGAACGCCUGCUGAACUUGUGUUGUACUUGUACGGCGGGCCGCUAGGAUUCACGCUAAUGGUCGGCGGUGCAGUGUUGAUCGCGUCGGGGGUCAUGGGUGUUCUACUUGCACGACGCGAAGCUUCAAACGCCACUCGAACGGCGUACUUGACAGCCUUAGUUAUCGGUUUACUGACUCAACUCCUGGUUGUGAUGUUCGUGUUCCACUUGCUCGAGAACUUUGACGCCAUGCCGCACGGUAUUGCACUUGCACUGCGUUCAAAAUGGGACGCGUUGUCUGUAAAUGCCAAGACUCAACUCCAAGUAUCCUAUGCGUGUUGUGGGUUUCUAUCCAUUAGCGAGGAAGAGUCUUGUCCAGAGGAAGCGCUAGAUGCUGUACCUCCUCGAACGUGUUCAGUGAUCCUUGGAGUCCAGGCAUCAACUUUAUUUGCCAGCUCGUUCAAGUACGUGGAGAUCGUAUUGUUCGUGGAGAUUGCGUGUGUCGCUCUAGCGAACUUCCUCAUUCGGUGGCGUCGGAUUCGACUGGUGCAGCUUGCGAGUAGCUCUGGUAAUAGUGCAGAGACGACGAUCGUUCGCUCAACGGUAUCAGUAGUGCUUUUGUGCUUCUUGCCACCGCUGUACGCGUUAUUGGCUUGCAUUACCCUGGGUGGAGUACUAUUUGGCGUUGAUUUGAUGGUACAUUGGGGAGUAAUGGCGGAUCCACAAGUGUCUGCGUUGUUUGGUGUAGAAACCGGAGCUUUUAUCACUGCGGGAUCUGUUGUGCAUCUGCUUAUCACGCUGUGGGCAUUACGGGCACUGGGAAGACGUGAUGUACGAGCACUUCGCUGGGUUCUCGGCUUCUCACUGGUGUUUAUACUGCUCACGUUAGCAGUACGCGCGUACAUCGGACGACUUCAUACAGAUUUCUACUUGGACCCGUCGAUCAGUGAAGCGAUUAAGACGAAGUAUGUGAGAUUGCCGCAUACAACGUUGUUGAAUUUGGAGAUGGACUUGGAAUGUUGCGGCUUUAGUACUAGUUCACAAGGAACCUGCGUCGAAGGAGCGUCCGAUACGGACAUUCCUACUUGUCAAGAACAAGUGGAGAGUGCUUUGACACGAGCGUUAGCUCUAGCAACGGAUCGUCUAGCAGGUUUUGCUGUGGCUCAGGUGGUCGUACUCGUUCUCUUGGGUUGGAUAUGUUUUCGACUGCGACGAUACUCUACUGUGUCUGCCAUUCGAUCUACGCCAGUAGAGACUGACGCUUGUGAGCCACCGACGUUUAUUCAAAAGUUGUGUGUUAGUGGACUCUUGGUACUGAAUGUGGGAGCUGCAGCGGCUGGCAUUGGCAUCUUGUGUCUAGGCAUUGACGUUCUCUUCGAGCUCAACGUCUUGCAAAUGUCAUACUUGUUGCGUGUGUUUGAUCGCCGUCUUGGUGUAUAUUUGCUUAUCUUUGGAGGUUUGAUGGCGUUAUUUGCUUUGCUUGGUGGUGUUGUAGCGUGGAUUGGAAGUCAAGGAACUUACAAACAACCGAGAAUGAGAACGGCUAGAAAAUAUCUGGUGAUAUGCUACUCAUUCGCGUGUGGCGUGCUUUUCGUCGCUGCAUUCAUAUUUGCUGGUGUGGGACACAAGCUUUCGUCCCAGUAUACACCGGCGACUGAUGAUACAGUCAAAGCUGAAGCGAUCGAUACGCGGGUGAAAGAUCUCUGGAGCUCUGCCCCUUCAACUACGAAGAUGUUCGUGCAGAACACACUUCAAUGCUGUGGUUAUGAGCGUAUUGAAGCUGCUAAUGGUUCAGUGACAUAUACACUGCCAGUCGAACAAUACGGAUGGCGGCGGGUAUCCUCCACGUCCGCUUAUCAAGUGUACAGCUCGCGGAAUGCGUUAAACACCCGGAAGACCCGCGUACUGACUGACACCAAGGCAGAGCCGACACGUUUGAACAGCACGCAAUGCCCUACUGAUGAUUCCGAUGGAUGUGCUACGUCGAUGAAGCAGUACGUCUCUCGUGUGGCUCGAAUCGCCUGGCAAUUAUGCACUGGACAGGCUGGCUUUAGUGUUGCUGCUCUGCUGUGUACCAGCGGGUUGUACGACACCGAUAAACGUGGAAGAAGGUGGCACCCAGACUGGAGACUUCGCGUUAAGCGGGUGGCAUUGAUGCUGCUUGUUAUAGUGGGAACUUUAGCAGCGUUAGCAUGCUUCAUCCUCGGCUUAGAUGUGGCUAUCGGGUGGACGCUUUUCAGCUCGAGUGCCUUCCAAAUGGUGUUCGCUCGACCCAUGGGUGUGUCGUUGAUGACGUAUGGAGUGCUUGCUGUACUCACUCAUGCGUAUUCGACUCGAGCAGCUCGUCACUUCAGCGUUCAUCAACUGUUCUUGCAGUGUAUAGCUCGACUCGUACACGCAUCAGCACUAUUUGCAGCUGUAGGACUCACAGCUCACCUUUCACAUUACUCGUCACUGUCAGACGAAGGCUGGCAUUCACAGCUCGAAGAUUUCCUGGAUGAUCAAUGGAGUCUCUUGACACCGUCGACGCAGAAUACAAUAGCGCUGGAGUUCUCGUGCUGUGGUUUCAACGACCCCCUUCUUGUAGCUGGUCAAGGCGUCGUAUUCGAUCGACCAGCACUCGGCUAUUCGAGCUGCUCACUGUCAAUCUCGCGUGGAUGUAAGAACCCCCUUAUGACGGGAGUUGAGUCCUCGUUUGCCUGGUUGUUUGCGUUCCUGCUAGCGUUAGCGAUACUGGAAAUCGUGUGUAUGGUGUUGGGUGGUCUCAUACUCCGUGACGUCCGGAACUUCGAAGCAGAAGCCUGGUUCGUUCUCGAGAGUAGACUACGGUACGUGGCAGGCAGUUUCCGGCGCGAUUUCCGUCGACGGCAUGUUCUGGUUUCAAUUUGUGCAAGGUUCGAUCCUCGCCUUACUCGAACACAGCGUGCAGUGAGUGUGCUUUGUGCGUGGGCGGCAUCGCUUGCAGUGUAUGCGGGUUACUUUGCCACAAAAGGUUGCUAUCGGACGUCACUGAUGUCGUGUGAACAGCCUGGUAUAGGAGAGUUAAUUGGUCUCGGUCUUGUAUACGGUGGAGCCGUCGGAUUGGUAGUGCAGACGUGCGCCAUCGCGUUGUUUGAACACGUUCGGCAUCGUGCUGAUGACGAGACGAAGGAGGUUGCCACUGCUCGGCAACGAAAAGAGAAGGUUCUGUUGUUCCGUAGGCCUUGGUUCCGCCGCCGACGUCCAGACGAUCAAAACUCCACAGCUUUGGAGCAAUCUAAUGACGCGUCUACGCUCGAGGGAACGCAGACUACGACCGAGGAGCGCUGGUUUGUAUGGCUCACCCGCUUUGUGGCAUUGGUAUUCCAGACUUGCAGCGUGAUCUUGUUCCUUGGAGGCUGUGCACUCGCAACACUACUUGGCCUGCUUCGUCUGGGUUACAAUAAUUCUCUCUAUGGAGUCUCGCUUGACGAAGAUGUUUUCGAACUGCUUGCGGUCGCUGGAGCACUUAUCGUCGUCGCAUUGAUCGCCGCACUAGCAAAUGACCUCCGUGAUCAACAUUUAAAGCGAUCGAAUCGUCGAAAAGCGACCCCAGUUAUUGUGAUGCUGGUAAUAGUGGCCAUCGUUGCUGUGCUGGCGAUAGGAGCGGUUCUCUUGGUUGUGUUCAUGAUUCACGAGGUGGUUCAAGACGAUGCCAGUGCGUUGAAUAGCUGGAGUGUACGGACUACAGGCUUCAGUGUCGUUGAACGUCUUGAAACAGCGUGGAAAGAAAAGCUGACGGGUUAUGCCAAGGCCUCUGUUCAGCUGGAGCUGCGUUGCUGCGGGUUUUGGAGCGCUACCGACGCGCCGUUCUUGCCGUGUCCUGAGGGGGAUUCCGUUGAAGUCACAUAUGAAGCAUUAAGUGUUGGCGGCACGAUCGUGACUGAAAUAAAGCAGGAAUUUACGGCGUUGCCGGGGUGUCGAGCUGGGAUGCUUGCUCGUUUCCAUAGUGGAGCGGAUGUGGCGACGUACUGCGCGCUCACCGCAGCAGGACUGUUGAUCCUGAUGAUGGUCACCUCGCUCUUCCUAGCUCGUGAGUUAGCCAUCUCUAAAGACGCCAAACUUAAGCUACGAGUACCAGACUCUGGAGCUACCGAGGACGAGGUCAAGCGAGACGCGAGAGAGACGUUUGAGACUGUUGUCGGACUCAAAAUCGCAGCUCCUGCUCGUGGUAAGCUGCGCUCACAAAUGUUGGCUACCAGUCUGGAUAGUGUAUCUCCCUCGGUGGCUAGUGAGUUGGCAGCGGUGCCACUCAAGCACGAUCAGAUAAUGGUCUCCAGUACUUCAGCAGACCAAGAGCACCGUGAAGACAGCAUCGUAGCGAAGGUUGAGCCUAGUGCUGAUGGUAGUGACGACACUUCCAACGUUCCGUAUCCGGCAUGGAUUGUGUACGUGGUAUUCGCGAUUUGUUUGGUGUGGUUAGUGAUCAUGGUGUAUUUGGUAGCGGUCAGCGCGAUGGAGCUUGGGUUAGCUACGUCUUGGCGCUGUGUUCUUGCUUGGGCGGUGGGUGUAGCUAUCCAGGAGUUGGUAGUGGAGCCUAUUGUGAUACUUAUGUCCAUCAUUGCUCGUACGCUACGUGACUGGUGGUCUCGUACGUGUGUUGCGAGGAUCAUCCGGCGUGGACGUGCCUUCCUGCGUAUUGGACCACAGGACGUGGAAGCGUUGGAGCGUGAACAACUGGAUAGGUCUCUUACGCUGUACGAUCACCUUCGUUAUGCUGCUGCUGUUCGAAUCCAGCGUCGUUUGCUCACCCGAGUCACGCGUGCACGAUACCUGUGCCAACUUAGAGCUCACAAACAGGAGCAACACCGAUUACUGGCCAUCCAGAGACGCGAUACACUGCGCAAGACGAUAAACAACUUCAGCGAAGAAGAGAUCGAAGCCUUCAGGGUGUUGUUCGCGUCGGCGGAUCCAGCUCAGCUUGGCUUGGUCUCCCACACAACCAUCGCACAGGCCGUGUACGAGCUUGGUGUCCAUGUACCGGCACCAAAAGUUCGUGAGCUGCUUGAAGCGUUCGAUCCGGCGUACGCAGACCUCGUAGACUUUGAGCAUUUCCUGUAUGGUAUGCACUGCGUCCGCUUGUAUCACCAACAGCUCCAGAUUCAAACCACUGAGGCAACUGAUCAGUCAACAGCGAGAGCCAAAGAUGAGACCUUGGUGAGCUCGUCCGAUCGAUUCGGGCCUCGUACUGAUCCCCGAGCGGAGCUAUUGGUGAAGCGCCAAAAUCUGCUUCGAGAACUGCGAGAUCGUCGCGAAUCGCUCGCACACAAACUGAUGCGUAAAGUAAGUGGGAAGCUGCCUGCAUUGGCGCAACGUGGUAAGAGUGUAAGAACCGCGUCGAUCGAGGAGGGGAAUGAAGAGUUGGGUGAAGAAGCUGUAGCGACUGAUAGCUCCGCACCCCCAACUGGCACCUACGUGUUCUGGCAGAACAGGAAGUUGUCCCCAAAGAAACGUGCUCUCGAGUCGGUCUUGAAGAAGAAACACCAGGAGCGAAUACGUCAGCGCGAAACCGGUAGCGGUGACGUCCACACGACUGCGAGAGCUGCUGUGGAGGUUGAUGUGUCGGCUCGACCGAAGACGUCGGCGUCAUCAACAAAACAAGCACUCAAGAGCUUGGCCAGUAAAAAGACUGCUGCGCCCCGAGGAAGCUCAGCUGAAACUAAAUCGGAGACGGCUGUGGCAUCAUCGCUGCCAGACAUUGAAACACCGACACCAUCAAUCAACGAGGAGGGCACAGCGAAGCAGGAUGCUGAGUCUGUCGACGAGCAGCAAGACGGGGAAAAGGUGGCUCCAGUUGACCUAGAGCUAAGUAAUACCGGCGAUGAGAGCCGAGCAGCAACUGCGGUGCCCGGCUCGGCUGAGUCUAAGCCGACUGAAUUUGUCAAGCAGGAUGAGGAAGCCAAGCCUUUCGGCGCCUACAUGUUGCUUACCAAGCCGCCGCCACUCCGCCCUCAGACGCUGACGACAAGCGAUACUGAUGAGGCAGGUGCUGAUACUGAAGCUAUCCCCGUAGCAGCGGAGAAACCGAAGACCGGCGCCCAGAGCGCGCUGGAGAAGGCGCUACUCAAGAAGCAGAAAGCCAAGUCAAAGCCCAAGUUGUAGACGUUGAAGUUGCUGACUCACCCAAUAACGGGCACCAAUUUCUCAUUUUUCAGAAAUGCAUACAAAUCUUGUGUCCUUCAAAAUCCCAAAUUUCCUAAUCAGCUGAGCACAA